CCUAACCCUAACAACCCUCUGCCCCACUCUCUCAAACCCUUCCUCCCCCAAUUUUCCUCUUCACCUUCUUCCCUUCCCUUUCAGACAACAACACUUAAUGAGCUCCGAAGACAAAUCUUCCAUGGAUUUGGUCCAACCUUCUGACCAUCUUUGCUAUGUCAAAUGCAACUUUUGCAACACUGUUCUUGCGGUUGGAAUUCCAUGCAGACGUUUGUUGGAUACAGUGACAGUGAAAUGUGGUCAUUGUAGUAAUCUCUCCUUUUUGAGCACAAGACCUCCUUUACAAGGCCAAUGUAUUGAUCAUCCUCUCAGUUUUCAGUCUCAGGUUGGCUUCUCCAAUGAUAUCCGAAAGGGGGCAUCGACAUCGUCGUCGUCGUCGUCGUCUUCGAUGGCUAAUGAGUCCCCCUCUGCAAAUUUUGUUGUGAAACCCCCUGAGAAGAAACACAGGCUGCCAUCUGCAUACAAUCGUUUCAUGAAAGAGGAGAUUCAACGAAUCAAAGCUGCCAACCCAGAAAUCCCACAUCGAGAAGCAUUCAGUGCAGCAGCCAAGAACUGGGCUCGAUACAUUCCAAAUUCAGCUGAUGGGUCGGCUUCUGGGACUCACGACAAUGAAUGAAAAGGGUUUAGGGCAAAUCAAGUGGAUGUCUAGGGUUUCAUAAAGUUUAAGAUUGGGCAUGUUUGUGUCUCGAUGUCUUCUCCAAUUUCAUGUCUUGCUUAGUGUUGUGUUUUUUUUUUUUUUUUUUUU